CAAAUCAAUGCAGAUACACAUGAAAUGAAUGUGAUAUGUUUAGUUUAUUAUUGUUGCAUGCUAUCCGACAGUGAAAAGAUUUUACAUGAUGACGAUCAUGCCAUCCACAGUGUACAGAUACAGGAUGAAGGGUAUAACAUUUAGUGCAAGAUAAUGUGUGCACUGGCAUAAAAAAGGGGCGCAUAACAGAUUCUGUAUGAUGGAUGUGAGAAAGACAGGGACAAAAAGAGAGAGGGAUGGUUGGAUGUUAGAUCUGGUGUCCGUCCAGCCCCUGUCUUUAGAUUAAAACACUUUGACUUCCUCUGAAUAUUAUAUGACUGCCGUGUAUUUCAUAUCUCUGCCUGACAGGCUGGGGGUUAAAAUGCACAUUAUGGUCUGCCUGUUCUGCAUUAUGAGCUCCAUUUCAUGUCCGCACUUCUCAUCUGCCCUCUAAAAAGCUGCAGGGAUGCUCCACUGAAACUCAGCACCGUUCCCCAUCCAGCUCUGAGCUGUGGUACUUUCCGCAUUCUGCUUCUGCUAAGCGCUUCCCUUUUUUUUCUCUCUCUCUCACCCAGUGCAGAAUCAUUUGUCGGCACAAAUGCUGAGAGCUGAUUAAUGAAGGGCGACGGGGUUUGGCAGCUGUAUCUCCCUCGCUCUCUGCAUUUCUCCCUUCCCUCCACGGGCAGAGAGGAUGGCCUCAGCAGAGCCACUGAGUGCCCUCUCUCGGUGGUACCUCUACGCUAUCCAUGGCUAUUUCUGUGAGGUGAUGUUCACCGCAGCGUGGGAUUUUGUGGUGCAUUUCAACUGGAAGUUCCCUGGAGUCACCAGCGUCUGGGCCCUUUUCAUCUACGGCACCUCCAUGCUGAUAGUGGAACGGAUGUACCUCUACCUCAGAGACAGGUGCCGCACUUUCACCCGCUGUCUCAUCUACACCAUCUGGACCUAUAUCUGGGAGUUCUGCACGGGCUACGUGCUGCGCCAGUUCGACGCCUGCCCCUGGGACUACUCCCAGUUUGAGUUUGACUUUAUGGGUCUGAUCACCCUGGAGUAUGCUGUGCCCUGGCUCUGCGCCUCCUUCAUCAUGGAGAAGCUGGUCAUCAGGAACACCCUGCGCCUCCGCUUUGAGCCCCAACUCGAUGCUGCCCUGGGCUCGCCGCGGCCAAGUGACGUCGUGACCAAUGGCCACCUCAAAUCUGACUGAACCCUCGGCCCCGGCGUUUGGAGUUGGCAACAUUGUACUUUGAGCGAUAAGGGGGUAGGUCGUGGGUGGGGAUGGGACUGGCUCCACUCCCACCGGGAGGGAUUCUCCCAGGACAGCCUUCUGGGAAGAUCACACCAGGUAAGUUUCAGUUAAUUCAGAGCCCAGCGGUGAGCCGGCAGUGCUUCCCGUCAACCGCAAAACCCCGAGCUCUCGUGGCUGACGCGGAACAAACCUCGUCCAGGCUACCGAGUGUCUCAACUCAGGGACAGCCCCGGACCAACCUUGUAGGUCAGGUGCUUGGGAUGGGGAGAUGAUGCAUUGUGUGGGGCGGCCGAUUUCCAAUAGCGGGGAUGUCUCAUCUAACAUGGGACUGCUGGCAACCCAACCUCUCUCUCCCUUUCCCUCCACUUCUUACCCUUCCUCUCCCCCCCCUUCCAGCAUCAUCCUACACCUGCAUUCUCCUCCCUCAGUCCCCAUCUUUCCGUGCCCCCUCCCUCCCUUGAUCACCUUCACUGAACUUCUGGGAGAAAUUGUUGUACAAUCUAACUGUGCAUGUUGUGUCAACAUCAGGCUUUGAGCUCCAGAGAUCCUAAUAUGCCUGGCACCAGAGAGAAGACUGACCCAUGCAUCAGGCAUCCAGGGAUGAGAACAGGAGGGACCAUGUCGGAUCUGGUACAUCUUCCCAUACCAGAUCCAGAUCCUCUCUACAUCCAACUGUAUACACUGAUGGGCAGAUGUCUGUCAUUAUAAAAUGGAUACAGAGUAGCUGUUUGUAGGAGAGACACUCACGCAGGGAUACAGUAUGACAGAGUAAUAGUCGAUACCGUCAAACACAGUAACAAUACUGGUGGGGCAGGUUUGUUACCAUGCUACACUGGAGUACAAUGCUGUUGAGUUUGGGACAGUCGCUGAAUAACUUUGGGAUAACUAGUGGGGCACAUGUUUCUGUAUAACCAUGGGGUACAAUGUUCAUAAGCUUGGGUCUGUCACUGUAUGAAUUGGGGGUGCAGUACAGACAAGGUAGGUAUGUUACUGUAUAAUAUUGGGGUACAAUACUGAUGCAUUUGGAUCCACUCCACAAAAUUUCGGUAUUCGGCUGAUCGAGUCUGCUCCACCAUGGAGCAGACUCGAUCGGCCGAAUACCGAAAUUUUGUUCCUAUGUCUUAUGGCAUGGAUCUGUCUGUAUAUAACACCAGGGAUAGUGCAGGUGGGGAUGUCUCUGUCACUAUAUAACAGUGGAGUACAGUAUGGGUCGGGACGAGUCUGUCACUGUAAAACACUGAGGUACAAUACAGGGGAGACAGGACCAUGACGUUAUAACACUGGGGUACAGCACUAGUGGGAAUGGGUCUGUUGCUGUAUAACACUGGGGGACAGUAGUCUUUGGGACUGCUCUGUAACUGGAAAAUGUAGGUAAUGCAGUCUUGGGGGGGGACGGGACUAUCACUGUAUUUCAUUGGGGUACAGUACUGGUAUUGAUGUGUCUGCCACUGUAUAACUCGGAGCAGAGCUCUGGAAAAGAGCAUGAGAGACAUGGAAAGUGGACCAAUGUAGGCACAGUAACUGGGGCUAUUGAAAGGCUAGUGUGUGGGACCAUGAACGGGUGAGGAAAGAGGAGACAUUGAAGUGGAAAUGACAGGUCUGGGAGUGGUACAGUGAAGGAAGUGGGGGGGAAAUGAGGAGUCGGUGCGAGGGGCAGUGAGAUGUCAGUGAGAGGAUGUGGAAUGGUCAGUGAGUGUGGGAGCUAUGACAUGGGGUGAGUAGGGCAGUGAGAGGGGGUGAGUGGGGUAGUGAGGUGAGAGUGCGUGGGGCGGAGAGUGGGGCAGUGAGGUUGGGGCGAGUAUGUCAGUGAGGGAAACUAAGGGGAUGCCAAGUAUGGAAGAGCAGGAAUUAUGCCUUUGUGUCUUUGGAUAUACGUGGUUAAAGAUAAAAUAGGGUUGUUGUGAGUGGAGGGGUGUUUGGUGUUUUUAAUUCUGCCCAACCUGCAUAAAAUUGUGCACCACUGGAAUGUCCAAAGAUUGCAGAAUAAGCAGGAUUUACCUGGACAAACAAGAUGCAAUCCCAUUGAAAUGUGAAGGUUUUUUUACUGGGAUUGACUGAUCUUUCACUUGGCUAGGGUGUCUCGAACCAAGGGUCACAGGUUCCAAAAAAAGUAAUCAGUGAUUCACAGUAAAAGUAAUAUGAAAUUUCAUCCAAUUCAGGAAUAAGCCCUUCAGCACUUUGUGUCUGUUGAAGGCUGAUCUUCUACCUCACAACCAUUUUUUUUGUUGUGAAUCCCAUGUGAAGGUGUGUGGGGACUCAGUUGCUGAGUAUAUUCAAAGCAGGCUGAUAGACCUUUGGAUAUUAAGGAAAUCAAGUGAUAUGGGAUUCAUCGUGAAAAGUGGCUCUGAGGUGGACGAUUAGCCUUGAGCAGAGGCACAAGGUGCUGGAUGGCCUAUUGCUAGUAUGAAGAAAGGUCCGGACCCAAAACAUUGUCAGUCCAUUUCCCUCCACAGAUGCUGCCUGACCAACUGAGUUCCUCCAGUACUUUGUACUUUACACUUACUCCUUGUUCUUAAUGGAACUGUUGAGGCUAGUGUUGCUGCGGGAGGGUGUAGUUACCAAUCUGGGAGGGAUAAUGUGGUGGGUGAAUGCGAGGAGCAAGGGAAGUAGGACAUGCAGAGGUAGGUUUGCCAAACAUUCAAUUUGGAUGAGACCUCCCGUGUUUACACUGGAAAUUGGCUGCUCAGCACAAUGACGUUAGAUGUUGCCCAUUUUCCUCUAUAUACAACAUCAUGGGGACUGAGUGGCGGGCUGAUCUGGAGCUGAAUUGAUUCUGGGACACUUUGCUGUUGUGAGUUUCCCAACAGACGUAAGGGCACAGAUAUUGUGGAUCAGUGACAAACACUGCCUUCUCACUGUUGACUGAAUUAACUGGAACCCAUCAACAUGAUCCUCCCAACAGGCAAUUCUGGGAAUGCCGGGAUCCCCGCUGGAAAAGCCAAGGGAGCCCGGGCUGAUGUCAACAAGCUUUAUUAUGGCAGCGAUGCUUGCCCAGUGCAAUAAGUACCACCUAUGACCUACCCCUUUCGUUUAAAGCACUUUAUAGUCAACUGGAAUGCAGUGAGAAUGACAAUUUUUGAUUUUAUUUGCAUUCACUGGAGAACCAGCAAUGAUCAAGAACAUAUUUCUUCCCAAGCUUGUGGCUCAAGCUCCAUGGACUAUAUGCCUGAGUCAAGAAAAUUACAAGAAAAACAGCUAUCCUGUAUCGAUCUCAUGCAAAGCAGUCUCCUUCACUAAGGAAUAAAGAAAAUACCUUAUAAUAAGGGACCGUUGGCCACCCCACUCUGCUUUCUCUGUUUAAAAUGGUCGAUCAAUGUUGCAAUGUAUAAUCAGAGCCUAAUACUCACAUUUGAAGAUUCCUGCCGGAUUAGGAUCGGUAUCUGUGAUACCUGGGAUUUAAAACUGCAGCUGGUCAAAUCCAGCCAGGAUAGGAAUGGGUGCCAACCACAUCCAACACCACCAGUCCCAAUCUCCACCACUAUGCCACCUCUCUCUAUGGCCUUUGGUGAAUGGUUUCAAGUGAGACUUAAUAUCUGGCAGAAUUCACAGCGUAAAGGUGGUUCAGAAAAUAAUUUUAAAAUAUCUCAGGACUUGUGGGACUCGAGUGCUUAUUAGGUGAUGUAUAUUUUUGGAAAGAUGAGACUAUGCCAAUUGAAGUCUUUCUAACCUCAAGCACAACUUUAAAGAUGGGGCCUAGAAAUUUCUUCAUACAACUCCAAAAAAAAGUACUGUGAAGGUGAAAACAAGAAUAGAACAAUUCUGUGCUCAUUUCUGGGUGACUUAAUACCUGUCAGGAAAUUUGAUUCCUGACUUCCCGGUGAGGUCUCUGUUCACAUGAACAUCUUCCAGAGUCAAACUUUCCCAAAUGAGGCAAACAGUCAUGCAACAGUCUAAAUUCAUCUCCAAUGUGACUUACAAGCUCUCUGAUCUGAAAAUUGGCAGUUCUUAUAGGUUUUACUAACUGGUUUAUCUUGAAAAUGAGCCACUGAAAGGGCUAAUGUAACAUUGCCCUUGCCUUUGUCCUCAGUAAGAUCUGGGAGCUUCUACAACCUUGAACCUCACCCGUGGGCUGGACUACUCUGUCCACGGAGCUCAGGGUCAUGAUCACCAACAGCUUCCUAGUCUCAGGAACAUUCCAAGCUAAUGCUUCUGCUCUCAGCCACAUCUCACUGCUUGCUGCUCCUGGUUGCAUUAUGAAGUUUAUUUAAAUUCCAUGCUGAUGGGGAGAAUCACAACAAUAUGGAAACUUAUGAAAGACAAGGCCAGUUAUCCCUUUAUGUUUGUGCUGGUUAGAAGGAGACUGGUCCCACCAUCGAGCACUGGGAUCAGACCUUACAAGUCACAGUACUCCAAGAACACAUCAAAGUACUGUUUCAAUGUGAUAAGGGUUUCUGCUUCUAUCAAUCUUCCUGGCAGUGUGUUCCAGAAUCCACCCUCUCUCCGGUUCUCCUACCAAUUACUUGAAAUCUAUGCUAUUUGUUUUUUUUUAAUGAAAGAAAUAGAUCCUGAUUAUUUUAAGAAGACUGCUCGUUAUUUUAUUUAUCUCAAUUCGGUUUCCCCCCCGAGAUUCUUUAGUUCCAAAGCGAACAACUGGAGUUUAUCCAAGCAUAGCUUGCAGCUACAAUUUUCCAGUGUUGGACACAUUCCCGUAAAUCUGCUCUGUGCCCUCUCCAGGCAACCCCACCUUUCCUGUGAUGUGAUCAGAACUACAGUAUAUCUAGUAUACUUCAUCUGUCGGUUCUUUCUGCGCACAGAAACAGGCAGUGCAGGCAUAGGCAUUUUGCCUGCAUUGCAGGCUUUCCUAAACUGCAGGUAGUCAGUGAUUCUACUUGCGUUUGUAUUGAAUCCUUACUUGUGUUGAUGUCCUACCAGCUGUAGCCCUUGACAGGAUAUCUGUGGUCCCUUGCACUAAGAGAGUACCUCUUCUUUUCAUGAGUCUGUUUGGGUCCUUUUGAUUCUCGACAGCACCCUCCAAGAGUCAUAGUCACAAUCAUAGAGAGAUACAGCAUGGAAACAGGCCCUUCAGCCCACCAAAUUUGUGCCGACUGUCCACCACACAUUUACACUAUUCCUACAUUAAUCCUUUUUUUAUUCCGCUCUGCAUUCUGAUCAAUUUCCCCCAGAUUAUACAGUUCACCUAAACACUACAGGCAAUUCACAGUGGCUAAUCAACGUAACAACCUGCAUGUCUUUUGGAUGUGGGAUGAAAGAGACAACAUGCAAACACCACUCUGAAAGGUUAGGAAUGAACCUGGGGUUUCUGGCUCAGUGAGGUAGCAGCUCUCCUAGUUUCACCACUGUCAGUCACAUCACCCAUUCAUUAAGCAGAAACAUUCUUUCAGCAGGAAAAAAUUUUGUUUUUGUUGCCAUGUCUCUUUAAGAGCUGGUUGCCAAGGUCGCAGCAGCAAGACUAAAUGUCGGCGUAUGUGAGAAAUAGUUCAGGAGUUGUACCAAGCUGAACUGACACAAUGUGUUCUGUUACGUUGCAAUUGAAGUUGCAAUCUCAAUGAAACUUUUAGAACCAGUGUCAGAAUAACUCUGUUCUUCUGUCUUAAAAAUGUGGUAAAACAAUUUAGCGGCCGCAGUUUCAGCAUAUUUGAGUGUAGGCCUCGGGGAAUGCUCCACUGUUGGCUUUCGAAUGAUAUUAAAUCAGAGUCUUGUCUGCCUCGGCAUAAAAUAUUCCAUGGUGCUAUUUAAGGCUGAGCGGCAGUGUUCUUCACGGUGCCCUGGUCUGUAUCUUAGCAUCGAACAAACUCACUUCAACAAAAUUAUCUGGUCAUAACCACUUACAGUUUGUCACAUUUUGUUUGUAAAAUGGCUGCCACAUAUCCUAAUCAUAGCAAUGGCCAUGCUUGAAAAAAGAAGAGGGGUUUCAUAUAGCUUAAUAGUUACUAGAAGAGGUACAUUUCUUAGACUCGACUUCCUUAGAAUAGAUCAAUCUUCUUAAAUUGUUUCAAAGAAUUUGAUAGGAACAUAAGGAAGAAUUAUUUCUUCUACUGAGGCAAUAAAUCAUGACUAGCAUUUUAAUUUCUUUGUUCAAGGGAUGUAGACGUCACUGGUUAUGCCAGCAUUUACUGUCCAUCUGUAAUUGACCAUAAACUGAGGAGACAGUUGGGAGUGAACCAUGUUGACUGGUUUAGACAACAGAGUGAGUCUGUUCCCAUUUUCAUGGAUGUGGCCUUGUGGCUUUAAACUUUGGGCAAAAUAUACAAUGGAGAUGUUAGGAUAAACUCAUCUUUAAAUACAGCAAACAGUUAAGAUCUGGAACUCACUGCCUGCAGGGAUGGUGGAAAAAUAAUCAAAGUUCCCACAAGGGAUUGGGGAAAUGGGGCCGAGAGGAUCGUUGUUGGGCGAAGUAACAUCCUUCUCUGUCCUAACAAUUAUAUGAUUCAGGACACCUCUCCGAGCAAAUGAUCAAAUCUCACUCAACAAAGUUGCUGCAUUUUAUUUCUUUGCCUCAUGAAAUCACACGCAACUCUCUACAAACACUCCAUCAGUUCUAUCUCAUCAACCCUCAGCCUUCACGUCACGUUUUCAUGAGGCAAUCUCUGAGCUUGGGUUGAGUCCUUGAGCAUCUUUGGAGUGAAUCCUUUGGAGGACCGCAUCAUUGCCCAUCCUCAUACAGCAUCGGUAAAUUAGUCAUUGUUCUCCCAUCAUAAGGCUGCAAAACUGACAUAUCUAGACCUUUAGCUUGUCAGAGAAAUCCGACAACACAGUGUGUUCACAUUUCAUUGUAAAGGGCCAUAAUUUCUGGUGGUUGUCUCUGUCAGAACAGGAGAUAUUCUUGUGACAUAAUAAGCUAUUUUGCAUUAUGGUGUCUUGAGUAGUUAUUAACUCCAUGGAAGAGGAAUCUUUGCCCAAUGGAAUAAAAUCAGUGCUGGAACUGAGUGGGUCAGUCUGAAGAAGGGUCCCAACUUGAACCAUUCUGUCCAUUUCCCUUCACAGAUGUUGCCUGACCCGUUGAGUGAGUUUUUUUACUGAUGAUUCCAGCAUCUGCAGUCUCUUGUGUAUCCUUUGCCCAAUGGAGAUUUUUCACUUUUUACUCACUGUGCUAUGUCCUCCCCAAAAGCUAAGUGGAUGACUGUGCAGCAGCAGAUAAUGAGGGAUGCUCUAAAGAUGUGUUCAAUGGCAAGCCGACACAGCUGAAGGUAUUUCAUAAGCUAAGCAAAGAGGCUGCUGAGGUUUUCUGGGCUUGCCUUCUGUUCAGAAUUCAAUACAGCUUCUAAACCGAAUUAGAUUUAGCCAAGCUGCCUCUCUAGCUGGAUCGAUUGUGACAAUUAAUCAUUCUCAGGCUGAUUUUUAAUUUGAUCUGUAGAGCGUCUGCAAUGACGUGAGCUCAUGCACUCUGGGGAUGCAGCUGUGAGAUAGAAUUGGGAUGAAGUCAUUACUCUGGGCAGAAGCUGUAUCCCUGACUUUAGAGCGACUUAAUUCCCAAAGAGCAUUCACAGGAACAAAUCAAGAACAAAUUAUUCACGUAGAAAUAGUCCUAUUGAUUCUGUGUCAGUGUUCUUGGUUUACACUUACCAUCCUCCCAGCCCUUAUCAUCAAUCUUUGUCAGCAGACUGUUCGGUUUUGUUUGCCCUUAUUUGCUUAACCGCUCCCACCUUAAAUGCACUGAGGGAAUUCACUUUGUAAUUCAUUUGUGGGAUGCAGGCAAGGCCAGCUUCUGUUGACCAUCUCUAAUAACCAUUGAGUGGUGGGUGAUAACUGGUAUCUUGAAUCCUUGCAAUCUUUGUUGUACCUGCUCCCACUGUGCUGUUGGCUCAGACGUUUCAGGAUUUUAACCCAGCAAUAUGACACAUUUCCAUGUUGGAAUUGCAUGACUGUCUCUCAGAACACAAUGCACCAAAUCAGACAGUUUUUGGCCUCACACGGCCAAACAUCAGGCAGCCAGCUGUUGCCUUAUUUUGGUUAAAAUAUCUGGAUGGUUUGAGGGAACCAGAAUGUGUGCCCUUGCAUCUGACGAGGAAGUGUGUAGAGACAGCACUGUUGGUUGAAAGGGUGUGUUACAGAAAACUCUAAAAGGUUGUAUGGAUUUUACAGCAGCCUGAACUGGAGUCUUAAACAUAGGUUUCAGUAAAUCCCACCCACUUCACAUAAAUUAAAAUGCUGUCAAUCAGACACUGCAGCCUAGUGUGGUCAAAAGUCAAUCGCUGUCCAGCCAUAGGCAUGACUGAGGCCACAUAGUUUUAGCCAUAUCUAUUAAUUUUUGUCUCCUUUCCUUGUGCAGUCUCUCAGGUUGGUGACAAUUUUGCUACCACUGUUUCCAUGGGUCUUAAGAUGACUAAUGAGCCUAGUAUGUUGUUUGCAUUCCUUCCAUCUUGCUCACAACUCGUGGCUCAGUGUUCUCUAGGCCAUCCUGAAUGCUCUUUGCCCAUUUUGAGUAGUCGUGGUCCGUGGAUUCCCACCAGUUGGCGGGACUUUUUCCUUUUCUCACGGAGACCCUGUGAACAUCAUUGAACCUUAGUCUCGGGUCUGCAGUCAUCUCUUAUUGCGAUAGAGAUUUAUAGGGUGUCUGUUUUAGGAGUCUGUUGUCAGAAAUGUGAAUGAUAUGGUCUACUCACUGGAGCCAACUAAGUCUAAUUGGGGCUUCAGUACUGGAGAUGUUGGCCUGGGUGAGGACACCGACAUUGGGUUACUUCCCCAGCCAGUGCAUUUGGAGAUUUUUGUAAAGAUAGCAUUGGUGCUAAAUCUCCGAUGUUUUGAGGUACUCCAACCUGUAUGUAUCACUGCUGCCUGCUAAACCACAAGCCUUGUGCCAGAUUUUAGGUCUUAUUCUUUAAACAUUCUGUUCCUCAAAGAGCCAAAAUCUUCUACUGUUGCACUGAAAGCAUGAGUAUGUUUCAAUGUUAAUGUAUGCCUGCACUGAAAAUCUGCCUUACACCCAAUAUACUGUUUGGCAAUCGUAAUAGACUAGCGUCUAUUUCUGAGAGAAUUUCUGAAUAGAAAAUAUACAAUUGGCCACCUUUGGAUUCUGAUUUAGUCAUAUGUGGCAAGUGGCUCCUGUGCUCCGGGGGUAAAGACUGCAAGUUUGACACAAAAACAAAACUUUGUCCCUUUGUGGGAUCUACAAAGGAAAAUAGAUGUGGAGCAAAUAAAUUAGGCAUUGAAUUGUUUUGAAAUGUUUCUUUAUGCCUGUAACUAUAAAUAACUUGAAAUUGGGGCUGUAGUGUUGCCUUUGUGAAAGCCCCGGCAUCUUUUGGUCGGUCUAGUUUUGGUCUAACAUCAAGAAAUGAUGGACAUUAUUAGCAAGGAGCUGAAGGUGCUGCCUGAUGUCUAAAAGAGCCUGCAGGAUGAUAUCCUAUCCAACUGACCGGGGCCACUGUGAAAGAUGUCUGCAAGCCCAGCGAGGUCGGCAAAUGCAAAAUGUUCAUCGCCAAUCUGGACAAAGUGCUCAACCUGCUGUUAAACCCGCUGAUUGACCUUGACAUCCUGGUGGACUGCGCUUCUCUGGACAUGUGGUGAAUUCUUACUCAAUCACAAAAAGCUCCUUUAAAAAAAUCAAGAAAAGACUUCAGGACUGAAGGGAACAUGGAUGUAUUCGAUGUGUUUUCAAACUACCUGAAAGAUGACGUUCCUUGGGGAAAUUGCCUGAUCAUGGAGAAGAUGAACCUGGACAAAGAUUAGGCUGAAAAGCUGAAGUUCCAGCUGGAGCAACUGCCUGCAGGCAGCGAACCAAAGCAAAGAACUGAAGGAGUUAUCAUAACCAGAUGUUGAGGUGGUCAUCGGGAGUACCUCUCCUAAUUCUGUUUAAGAAGGAACUGCAGAUGCUGGAAAAUUGAAGGUACACAACAAUGCUGGAGAAACUCAGCGGGUGCAGCAGCAUCUAUGGAGCGAAGGAAAUAGGCAACGUUUCGGGCCGAAACGUUGCCUAUUUCCUUCGCUCCAUAGAUGCUGCUGCACCCGCUGAGUUUCUCCAGCAUUUUUGUGUACCCUCUCCUAAUUCUGUUGGUUUGUGUGGUAACAGUAGAUCUGUCCACCGAGGAAGCUGAGCACAAGAAGAAUUGAGGCUUUUGGUUUGAAAUUAAAUGUUCUAUGGAGAAAUUAGAUCUAUCAUUAUUAUUUUAAGAUAUUUAUACUUCUGGGUGCCCAAGAUUGGAGUGUAUUGGUCAAAGAAAAGUAUUCACAAACUUGAAUUGUUUCUUUGGAGCUUAGGAGGCUGAGGGGUGAUGUUAUAAAACUAUUUAAAAUUAUGAGGCAUAGAUAGGGUAGAUGAUCUACAUCCCAGGAUGGAAAUGUAAAAUAUCAGAGAGUAUAGGGUAAAGGUGAGAGGGGGUGAGUUUAAAGAGUUUGUGCAAGGAAAGUUUUUUCUUUGCACAAAGCGUGAAAUGCACUGUCAGAUGGGGUGGUAGAAGCAGAUACGAUAGCAACAUUUAAGAUGAAUUUGGACAGAUACAUGAACAGGCAGGGAAUUGAGAGAUACACACCAUGUGUAGCCGGAUGAGAUUAGUUAGAUUGGGAGCUUGGUUGGCACUAACGUGAUGAACAGUACUGUGCUAUAGACAUCCUGUGCUGUUCUAUGCUCUUUCUACAUUCUAAUCAUAGACACUUAAUACUCUGCUUCCUAACUAAUGCUCCUAACCCACUAUUUGCUCUGAAAGUAAUGCAAUAAAAAAAAAUACUGCUUCUUGGCUGGCAUUGAACGGAUAUCAAAUACUUUGUCACUCUGUCCCCCUUAUUGGUACAGAUUAUUUAAAAUUAUAGUUAUAUUUGGGUCUAGUCACUGGAACAGUCAAAAUUGGAUGAGCUUUAUUUUUUAUUUCUUGAUUUAUCUCGAACAGAGCAAAUAAUGUGUGUAAAACAGCAGAUGUUCGAGCCUUUUGCAUGACUAAAUAAUCUUUCCUUCUGUGCUGCAGGCUCCAUGUUUAGCUUUUGGACUUGCAUUUUAAAUCGCCAGAGAAAAGCUUUGCCUUGAUGAAAAUUGGACAAGUAUUGUGCCUCAAAAUGGUUCUGCUUUCAUCUAUCAAUAUUAUUUGAUCUUAAUAAAGAGUAAAAUAUCUAAUCAA